AGGCAUAGGUUGGUAGAGUGGGGAUGAAUGUGGAAGAAGGGGGCAUACCGGGCAUAGGGCGCCCAAGCCAGGCCCGAUGGGUGCUUAUGCUCCUCCUGUCCACAACCAUGUGUGGUGCCCAUGCCCCACUGUUGGCCUUGUGUCGAAUAGAUGGCCGUGUCCCCUUCCGCCCCUCUUCAGCUGUGCUUUGGACCGAACUGACCAAAUUACUGCUAUCAGCAUGCUCUUUGAUGGCCAGGCGGCAGCCAAGACUAUGGGACACUCCACCUUGGCGUCAGGCUGCCCCUUUUGCACUCUCUGCCCUGCUCUAUGGUGCCAACAACAACCUUGUCAUUCACCUGCAACAGUACAUGGACCCCAGCACCUACCAAGUGAUGAGCAACCUCAAGAUUGGCAGCACAGCUCUUCUUUACUGCCUCUGCCUGAACCGCCGCCUCUCUGCCAGGCAGGGGCUGGCACUGCUGCUACUGACUGGAGCUGGAGCCUGCUAUGCUGCUGCAGGCCUCCAGGACCCACAGGGCCUCCUCCCACCCCCUCCAGCCGCAGCCAUGCCCCUGCACGUUACCCCGCUGGGUCUGCUGCUGCUCUUGCUCUACUGCCUCAUCUCAGGCCUCUCCUCAGUCUACACCGAGCUGCUCAUGAAGAGGCAGCGCCUGCCCUUGGCCUUGCAGAACUUAUUCCUGUACUCCUUUGGGGUACUUGUGAACUUGGGGCUCUAUGUGGGAGGUGGGCCAGGCCCUGGGCUUCUAGAAGGUUUCUCAGCCUGGGCAGGGCUGGUGGUACUGAGCCAGGCCCUCAAUGGACUGCUCAUGUCAGCCAUCAUGAAGCAUGGGAGUAGCAUCACCCGUCUCUUUGUUGUGUCCUCCUCACUGAUUGUCAAUGCAGUGCUCUCAUCCGCCCUGCUUCACCUCCAGCUCACGGCUGCCUUCUUCCUGGCCCUCCUGCUUAUUGGUCUGGCUGUACAUCUCUACUAUGGAGGCCAGUAGGGCUAGAAAGCUCACCCGCUGGAACUGUUUUGCCCUCCAGUGCUAUUAACAUAGGCUCGAUAUCAUUGCAGUCAACAUUGUCCUUUCCAGUAACCAAGGACUUACCUCUUGAAGAAGGUGCUUCUCUCCUUCCUUGAUGGAGUUGGAAGGCCCAUCAGGAUGGGGGAUGUGGGAGGUUAUCCUUAGGGGUGGUUCCACUAUGUACUGUCCUCUGAUCUUAGCCUCUUUCUAGCCUAUCUGCAGCCCUCUAAGUGACUGCACUUCUUCCUUCCCAUGUGGCUUUAGCCUGCUAUUUCCUCAUACUAUUCUCCAUCAGAAUCCCUAAUAGAAGUGCCUUUGAGAGGAGAGAGCUGCAGUCAGGCCUAGGGAAGCCCCUGGUAGGAGAUGAGGGGAGCCCAUGGAGGCCUGAAUCAAAAUUGAGUUUUUGCCAAGGAAACACCAAAACAGCUCAAGUUUGUCCCCCAGAUUCUGAUAAUUCCUUUCUGCUCCCAUCAUUGUGUAGAGCAGAGGGAAAUCAGUUAGGGAUCCUGCCUCUAUCAGCUGCUGUGUGGAAGAUCUGAGACCUAGCUACUUUCCUACUGUAUCGGUCCUGAUGUCCCGAUCUCCUUACUCCAUCCCUCCUGCUGUGGAAAUUUAAACUCCAUCUUGAAUCUCUGUGUAGCCUAGUAACUGGCUUGUUUUGUUUCCCCUUUAUUCUCUCAGACCCUACAGCAGUGCACCAGAAAGUCAAAAUGUUGUAGGGCAACUUUGACCUCCUUCUGUGUCCCAUCAGCCAGGGUCCAUGUUGUCUGGCAGCUUUACCAUUCAUGUGUGUCUCUCCCCUUCCCCCCCUUCCACUGCCCCCAGUGAGCGCCAGCAUUUACUGGGAAAAACUCAACUGCUCCCCUCUGUGCCGCUACUCUUCCACAGUCAGGACUGAAUCUCCUUAAUCAAACGAGAUGAGCCUCUCAGGUUCACAAGGAAUGCUACUUGCCCUCUCUUAUGGCCCCUACCUUUUUGCUGCAGUCUGGAGGGCUCUCAUCAGCUCUGUUGCUUUACACUCCUGGACCCUGCUCCUGCCUGGAAGUAUUCUGUUCUUAGAUCUUCAAUCUGGCCACCUUUCCUGGGAUAUACCCUUAACUUUCUAGUAAGAGGGAGACUCCUUUACAGGAGUAACUUAGACUAGGGCAUGUGGGAUUUUUCUAUAGCUCAAUCAGUGUCUACUUAACUGCAUAAGCAAUAAAGUCUCAAUAAAGUAUUUCUGGGAGUAGGGAUUUCCCUACCAUCUGCCA